ACCAAUCAGCAAUGACCCAUGCACUCAAUGCAUCGAUGUGUUUCUGAUCGUACCUAUGCGAUAGCCUGAGUAUUUCUGUGCGAUAAUGCCGAUAAUCAGAGUGUUCCUGUGCGAUAACCUGCAUUAUUGAGCAAAACUACAAGCAACGUUAAAAACAUACUGUAAGAUCUAGUGUUCCUGUGCGCGAUAGUCUUGUAGGCAAAGCUACAAGCCACAUGAAAAACAUUAUAAGACCUAGUGUCCUGUGCACCAUAGCCUUGUAGAUACCUUGCCUACAAGGCCCAGCCUUGUAGCCACAAGUCACAUUAAAAACACUAGUGUUUUUGUGCAAGAUCUUCGCAAGAUCUGUGUGUUCCUGUGCAAGUUCUUUGCAGGCAAAGCCACGAGCUAUUACCAUGCCAUCGUGUGUUAUAAAAAAUUGUACAAAUCGUACAGGGGCAAAAAAUAUAAAAUUUUUUCCAUUUCCAAAAGAACCUGACUUUUUUGAGCAAUGGAUAAAAGCUUGCGGAAAAAAUGAAAGAGAAAUAAAAUUUAAUUCCGCAAGGAUAUGUAGUCUUCAUUUUAAUGAAAACUGUUUUGAAAUGGUAUGGACAAAACCACGACAAAAAAACAUACCUUCUAAGCAAAUGUUACGAUUGAAGGAAGGUUCCAUUCCAUCAAAAUUGUUGAACAUAGAAAAAAAACGAAAGAGGACAUUUGAAGAUAAUGAUGAUAAAAAAAGAAAAAAAGUAUUAAUAUGUACAGGUGUACCAACAUAUGCAGAACUUGUGCAAUAUAUGCAGGAAAAGCAGCAUGCAUAUCUUGAACAAACUACUUCUGAAGAUGUUUGUGAAGAUGAGCAUAAUCUUUCUUUGAACGUUACAACGAAAGUAAUCACUAAUGAAAAAAUUACUUGUGAGGAAAAUGUUUCGGUACAAACAUUAUUGGAGUUAUUAAAAAAGUCGGAAGAAGAAAAGAACAAAUUAUUAAUGGAAAAGGCCGAACUUAUCGAAGAAAAUGAGAAACUUAAUGAUAAGUAUACAAAAUUAAAUUUACAAUUUGAAUUAUUGGAAAAAAAUAUGCAAGAAAAAUCUAUUCUCUCACAAAAAAAAUAGAUAAAGCAAAAGAAACCCAGAAAAUAGCUACGGAUGCUUUACAUAAUUUUUUUACUCUCGGGCAAAUCAAAAUUUUAAUGUCAACAAAUAAUAAUACACGAAUAAAAUGGUUAUCCGAAGCUAUUAUUUCUGCAAUAGCAUUACGAUUAUUAAGUCCAAAAGCAUAUUAAUUUUUAAGAAAUGUUAAACAAAUGCCUUUACCAUGUAUGUUAACUUUAAACAAUUUGUGUGCAACAUUUACUAUACAACUUGGUAUUAAAAAAAAUGUCUUAAAAAUUAUGGAAGAUAUAAGACAAGAUCUUAAUGUAAUAGAUCUAAAAAGAAGGGAACAAAAGAUAUAUGAAUAAAACCCAUAAAACCUAUCAAUUUAUUAUGGCUCGUGGUCUAUUUUGUAAAUGGAAAUAACUCAUUUAUUACGAUUUUGACCAAGCAAUGUCUGCAAACAUUUUACUUUGCCGAAACAAAAAAUAUUAACAAAAAAUGGUUUAUCAUUCAUCCCGCGGAUAAUUCAUUAAAAGUGUUUUUUUACGCAGAUAUUCUGCAUUUAUUAAAAAUGGCACGAAAUAAUUUCUUUGACUCGGGAUUUCGAGUAAAAGGACAUAUUAUUAAUAAAGAUGCUUUAGAGGAAUUAUUAACACUUAAUGAAGAAGAUUAAAAAAUUGCGCAUAAAAUAAGUAAAUUACAUUUAGAUGCCAAGGAGUCACAACGACAAAAUGUUAGAAUGGCAGCUCAAAUUUUUUUGAACAGGAACGCAAUGGCUAUUCAGUGGUGUGGAGAAAAUGGAUUGUUAAAAUCUAGUCACUGGAAAGAAACAGCUAAUAUACUAUCAUUAUUCAACGCUUGGUUUGAUGUUUUUAAUAGUAAAAUUAAAUAUGGACAGCAUAGUGGAGUAAAUGCAUAUGGCAUAAAUUUAAAUAAACAAACUAAAACAAUCAACGAGAUGACACAAUUUAUUGAACAAAUGCGAGUGGGAAAAUCUUCAUUACUACAAUUUCAAAAAGAAAUUUUGUUAUUCAACAAAUCUUUAACAGAAAUGUUCUCCUAUAUUCAAGGGUAAUAUUCGUUCGAAAUGUUUCGAAUAGAAUACAUAAUAAUACGUAGGCUAAAUCAAUAUAUAUUGGAAAAUUUAUUUUCCUAUUUAAGAAUGAUGGGUGGAGGAAAUGAUCAUCUAAUACCAAUAGAAUUAAAAAACCGUUUAAAAUGGUACAUCUUAGGAAAGCAUUUGGUAUCUACAAUUUCGCAAAAAAAAAAAAA